AUGGAGUCGGCUCAGGGAAGAAUCAAACCAUCAAAGAGGAGAGUCAUCGUUCGCUCAGUCCUGGCUUUGGGCCUGGCACUCGCGAGUGUGAGCGCCGUCAAGCGCGAGGACUUCAAGACUUGCUCCCAGAGCGGUUUCUGCGCUCGCAACAGGGCUUACGCAGAUAUCGCCAAGGAGAACCCUCAAUGGACUUCACCCUUCCAGCUCAACCCUUCUUCUCUUCGCCUGAACAAAGGCGUCCUCACCGGCGAUCUUAUCAACGUCCAGGAGGACAAGCAGCCCUCGGACAAGCCAGCUUUGGCGUUUGAGCUCCACUUGCUCGACACCGACGCGGCUCGUAUCCGCAUCAAUGAGCGCAGCCCCAUCCACACGCGCUACGACGGCGUUCAGGAUACUGUUCUGAUCAAGCCUUAUGGACACGCCACUGAGGGAUCAUACCAAAAGUUGGGCAAGGACGAGAACGGGGUCUUGACUAUCCAGUAUGGCGCUCAGAGCCAGAACACUGUCAGGAUCAGUUCGGCACCCUUCAAGAUCGAGUUCCUUGUGAACGGCGUGCCUACCGUCCUCUUGAACGACGAGGGAUUGUUGCGAUUCGAACGUCUUAGGAACAAGGAGGAGUCCAAGGUUGAGGAGGAAGGCGAGAAGCAGGAAGAAGAGGCCAGCACAGAUCCAUUGGUUGAGCAGAAGGCUGGUGGUAACGACAUUGAGAUUGCGAUUGAGAAGUCCGAGUUGGAGAAGAAGCUGGAAGAGAACCUGUGGGAGGAGAAGUUCAAGGAGUUUACAGAUUCCAAGCCCAGAGGCCCAGAGUCGUUUGGUAUGGAUAUCACAUUCUCUGGAAUCAGCCACGUUUACGGUAUCCCUGAGCACGCCUCCAGUCUCUCGCUCAAGGCCACCCGUGGCCCUGAUGCUCCUUACACUGAACCUUACAGACUGUACAACUUGGACGUGUUUGAAUACGAGGGCGACAACCCAAUGGCGCUCUACGGAUCAGUUCCCUUCAUGCUCGGUCACAGCAAGAACAGCACUACUGCUGUGUUCUGGAUGAACGCCGCCGAGACCUGGAUUGAUGUGGAGAAGAGCCCCGAGGAUAAGAAUGGCGGUAUUCUCUCUUGGAUCAAAUCAAAGAAGGCUGUACACCCUGCUGCCACCAGGACGCACUGGAUGAGCGAGGCAGGAGUGCUGGACGUGUUUGUCUUCCUCGGACCAACCCAUCGCGACAUUUUCCGCCAGUAUGCAUCGCUUGUUGGCACCACUGCUUUGCCCCAGGCUUUCUCGAUUGCCUAUCACCAGUGCCGCUGGAACUACAACAAUCAGAAUGAUGUUGCCGAGGUCGAUGCUGGAUUCGACGAGCACGACAUUCCUUAUGAUGUUCUCUGGUUGGAUAUCGAGCACACCAAUGGCAAGAGAUACUUUACCUGGGACGAGGCCAAGUUCCCUAAUCCUACGGGGAUGCAGGAGUCUCUCAGCAGUAAGGGCAGAAAGAUGGUCACCAUUAUCGACCCCCAUAUCAAGAAGGACGGCGAUUAUCAUGUUUCGAAGGAGGGCGCUGAACUGGACGUGUACAUCAAGAACAAGGACGGCAGCUCAGACUUUGACGGAUGGUGCUGGCCUGGUAGCUCGCAGUGGAUCGACUUUUACAACCCCAAGGCUCGUGAUUGGUGGGCAUCCCAGUUCUCGUACGACAAAUACAUUGGCUCGACCAAGUCUUUGUUCACCUGGAACGAUAUGAACGAGCCCUCUGUCUUCAGCGGUCCUGAGAUUACCAUCCCCAAGGACGUCAUUCAUUACGGAAACGUCGAACAUCGCAACGUCCACAACCUCUACGGAACCAUGUUCCAUUCGGCUACUGCUCAAGGCCUGGCCCGCCGCGAUGAGACCAACCAGCGUCCAUUUGUCCUCUCCCGCGCCUUCUUUGCCGGUACCCAGCGUUUCGGAGCCAUUUGGACUGGAGACAACGUUGCCAGUUGGGAGCAUCUUGAGUUGGCCUCGCCAAUGCUUCUCACUAUCGGACUUUCGGGUAUUCCCUUCUCGGGAGCAGAUGUUGGUGGUUUCUUUGGAAACCCUGACGCAGAGCUGUUGACACGUUGGUACCAGGCCGGUAUCUACUAUCCCUUCUUCCGUGCCCACGCCCAUCUUGACAGCAAGCGUCGUGAGCCCUGGUUGUUCGGUGAGCCCUACACGACCCAGAUCCGUGAGGCCAUUCGCACCCGUUAUACCCUGUUGCCUUUCUGGUACACUCUCUUCCAGGAGGCCAGUGUUGAGGGAACACCCAUCAUCCGCCCCAUGUUCACAGAGUUCCCUGAGGACGAGGCUGUGUUUGGUAUGGACGAUCAGUACAUGGUCGGAGACGCGAUCUUAGUCAAGCCAGUCGUCAAGUCAGCCGUCGUUCGGUCGAACGUGUACUUUGCAGGCAACGAGAAGUGGUUCGACAUCAAGGACUACAGUGUUGAGCAAGGACCCGGAUUCAAGGAUAUCGACUCCCCUGCGGAUAAGAUCCCCGUUUACCAGCGUGCCGGAACCAUUGUCCCCAAGCGCGAGAGACCACGUCGGUCAUCCAAGGCUAUGGAGAAUGACCCUUUCACACUUGUUAUUGCGUUGGACAGCAAGGGUGAGGCUUCGGGACGACUUUACUUGGAUGACGGCGAGUCGUUCAACUAUGAGAAUGGCGAUUAUAUUCUAAGAGAGUUCAAGGUCUCGAAGGGUGUCUUGUCGUCGCGCAAGGUUGAGUCGGCAGUUGCAGUUGCAUCGGGUAAGAGCUCGUUCGCAGAGAAGGCUGGAGGAUUGAGGAUCGAGCGUCUUGUUAUCUUGGGAGCGACUGCUCCUUUGAAGAAGGUCGCUGUUGGAGAUCACAGUCUGCAGGUAAACUGCUCGCAGGUUGGAGGUAGCUAUGUCUGCACAGUCAAGGAGCCCCAGGUCACUGUCGGGAAGGACUUUGACCUGUCCUUCGCGUAA